AUGAAGUCUGCUCUCGCAUUUCUCUUCUUCGGCAUAUUCUAUUCCUUGGCCCAGGCCGCCGACUGGAACCCCAUUCCUUGUAAUGCCACCUCCAAAUGUCCAGACAGUGCUCCAUGCUGUAACCAGUACGGUAUGUGUGGUACCGGGUUUUACUGUUUGGGUGGAUGUGACCCCAGAUACUCUUUCAACUUGACUGCUUGUAUGCCCCAGCCCCGGAUGUCGUCGUUCCAAGACCUGAUGUCCAACGCCUCCAAGAUCAUGGACAUCAACCAAUACUUGGGUAACGCUUCGCAGGCCGACUGGGUGUACACUGGCUACAUCAACAACGCAGACGGUGCUCUUUUGUUGCAGAUGCCCAACCAGUCGACUGGUACCGUUGUUUCUUCCACCAAGUACUUGUGGUUCGGCAGAGUUGGUGCCACCAUCAAGACCGCGCGUGACGUUGGUGUGGUCACUGCUUUUAUUACUUUCUCUGACGUUCAGGAUGAAAUCGAUUACGAGUUCAUGGGUUACGACUUGGAAAAGCCCCAGACUAACUUCUACUCCCUCGGUUUGUUGAACUACACCAACUCCAAGAACUACACCACCACCGACACCUACGAGAACUACCACUACUACGAGAUCGAUUGGGCCGAGGACCAAACUCAGUGGAUCAUCGAUGGAAACGUCGUGCGUACCUUGAAGAGAUCCGACACCUGGAACCUGACAAAGAACAGAUACGACUAUCCAUCCACUCCCUCCAGAGUCCAGUUCUCUUUGUGGCCUGCCGGAUCCGACUUGAAUGCUUUGGGUACGGUCCAGUGGGCUGGUGGUCCAAUCAACUGGAACUCCCAAGAUAUCCAAGACUACGGUUACUACUAUGCGUACGUCAAGAACGUUAGUAUCAAGGCUUACGACUUGCCUUCGUUUGUUUCUGGAAACUCUACAAACCUUUCUGCAUUCUUGUACAACUCCACCACGGACUUCAAUGAGGAGAAUGUCUUGUUGACCAACAAGAAGACCUGGUUGGGUAACCAGAAGGCUGUGGGAUUCAACCCUCAGAACGAUGCCUCCACCCAAUCCUCCCAGUCAUCGAAGUCUUCAGCCUCUUCUUCUUCCAGUAACACCAAGACUACCAAGACUACUGGCUCCGGUUCAGGCUCCACAGGCAUGCCUAUUGUGACCGACUCCACCACUUCAAACACAUUUGUUGGUGGUUUUGUUCAGGGAGGAAGCACCUCUGCCAAGGGAGGCUCUGCUUCUGCCAGUAAGUCUGGCGCUGGUGCCGACCGUGCUUCCACUGCUAUUGGUGGCUUCCUUGCCAUGAUCGCUGGUGUUUUCGUGUUUUAA